AAAGUACAAAAUUUUGCAAGAAAAUGUGAAGGCAUGGAGCUGUAUAGACGUAAAAGGGUUAGGGAUGUGAUCAUCAGUCUCUUCAGCAUCGACUCACUGGCGGUUUGGCAAAAUCAGUUCCAAUCGUAGAGAGGGAUGGAAAUCACCCCCCUCUGCACCAGCUGCUGCUUCCGUGUGGGGAGACGUCCUUACGGACACUAUCGCCAGCCACAGCCAAGGAGGUCCAAUGCCGUAGCAGAGAAGAAGGUACAACUUUCCAGUGGAGAUGGGAUCCGAUCUAUUCGUUUCAUCGGAAGAAGGUGCGCUCUGGCUUCUACCUUGUCCUUGAUUUCGGGAACGGUGGUGGGCUUCCCUGGAGAUGGGCUGGGAGUCACACAGGGGCUCGUGGCAGGGAGGAUCCCUGGCUUAUCUGAACCUGAUCAAAAUGGUUGGAGGACAUAUCGUAGGCCAGAUGACAAGUCCGGAGGACAUGGAGUGGGAUGGAGUCCGAUAAUUCCCUACAUCUUCAAAGUCCCUCAAGGCUGGGAAGAGGUCCCUGUCUCCAUUGCAGAUCUAGGCGGAACCGAGAUUGACUUGAGAUUUGGAAACUCCAAAGAAGGCCGCUUGUUUGUUAUUGUAGCUCCUGUUCGGCGAUUUGCAGACAUUGAAGGAGAAGCGGAAAUUGAAUUGAUUGGACCACCAGACAAGGUUAUCAGUGCUUUUGGGCCAGAAGUCAUCGGUGAAAAUGUAGAAGGAAAAGUUAUAAGCAUGGAGGUAGCAGAACAUUCCGGAAGAACUUACUACCAAUUUGAGCUAGAACCACCUCACGUUCUAAUCACAGCAACUGCAGCUGGAAACCGGCUCUAUUUGUUCAAUGUAACUGGAAGUGGUCUUCAGUGGAAGAGGCAUUAUAAGAAUUUAAAACAGAUUGCGGACUCUUUUCGUGUAGUCUAAAAGUAAACACAGGAAUGGUUGGUAGUCUAAGAGUAUAUGAAGGAAUGGUCUCUCCUUGCAGAAGUGGGGAUUUUGAAAUUGAAUGUCAUAUUUUUCAGAGCCACCAGUAAUAAAUCAAAAAAACUCCAAACACAGAAAUAAUGACAGUGGUGCAGUAGGUUUACUUUAUAGAAUAUAUAUGGUAAAAGAUGAUUCGUA